GAGGGCGACCAAACAAACAUCAUUUCACAAGCCGCCUGCUAAAGCAAAAGCCCGUCUCGUCAGCCUUCACGGCAGCAGAACCGCUUCGCCCUGCUCUCCCGGGGAGCCUCUCGCCUUCGGCCUUCGGCUACCCUCCCUUCCCUUUCCUUCCCCGCCACACCAACGAGGCGCCAAUUAUAAACGCCACGCCAGUACGUGGAAAGGUAGAGGGAGAGAGAGAGCUCGCCGUAUUGCCACCUCCUCGUGGAGGCCUUGUCGCGAUGGAGAUUGUUGCCGAGGCGGCCCCGCCCGACGAGGACGGGCUGGACGAGCGCGGCGUGGCGCUGUACCUCCCCAGGCUGCUCGCCGGUGUCUUCUCCGGCGCCCUCACCGGCAUCUUCGCUCUCGCUGGAGCCUUGACCGGAGCAGUCACAGGCGCGGUGGCGGGCAGAGCUUCGGACAGCGGUGUUCUUCGGGGAGCUGGACUGGGGGCGUUCGCUGGAGCUGUCCUCUCCAUCGAGGUUCUUGAGGCUUCUCGCGCUUAUUGGGGCUCAGACCGGAUGGGCUCGCACGGCGCAACUUCCAUGGCCGAUUUCAUUGAGCAGCUCCUUCACGCCCGAUUUGUGCAAGGGCAAUUUACACCUUCAGCAUAUUCAUCAUAUCGCUGGCAGGUCAGCAUAUCAGGUUUCGGUCAUGAUGAUCUAUAUGACAUCUUUGGAGGCAUUUCAUCCAAAGGGCUUUCGCGAGAGUCAAUGAAAAAAUUACCACAUUAUGUGGUCACUGACCAAAUUCGGGAUUCAUUUGGUGAAAUCCUGUCUUGCCCUAUCUGUCUACAGGACAUUGUAGCCGGUGAAACAGCAAGGAGGUUGCCCAAUUGCUCUCACACUUUUCACCAGCCUUGUGUGGACAAAUGGCUCGUUGAUCAUGGGUCAUGCCCUGUAUGUAGGCAAGAUGUGUAAGAUAGGUAUCCUGCUUGCAAGUUCCUGGCGUAGAUGAAAGAAAUUAGUUGGGCGAAAUGUUUUCUUACACUGCGGAUAGAGAUACAUCAAGCGAUGUAAAUUAGUGGAAUCUGCCUGUUUUACUACCACAAAAAACGGCUCUGUACAAAUGACUGUCCGACUUUUGUUUCUUACACCCAGUUACAAUGUGAAAUGAAAUAAAAUCGAUGUGAAAGCUCA